CGGAUCUUCUAACGAAAGCCUUACCAGCUCCCACAUUUCAAUACUUAUUGUCCAAGUUAGGCAUUCAACAAAUUUCAUUGCCAAUUUGAAGGGGAGUAAUGAGAUAAGGAUAACUUCCUAUUUCUAAGGAGUUUAGGUUUACCUACUUUUUCUAUUCUUAGCGUAGGUUUAACUUAUUCUCCAAGUUAAUAUUGUAUAUAAACAUGGGUUACUGAAUGAGAUGCACGAUUCUAUUCUACUACAUUAUAAUAACUUUGGCUGUACUUUUUGAUAGUAUGUCAGUAAUCAUUUUGUUGGCUGGUCGCUCAUCACGUGAUUAGUCCUCUUUACUCUUCAUUUGUUUUUUUCCACAUCAACAUGAAUUAAGAAGGCAUUAGACAGGACACAAACUAUAAUUAAUAACGCUAAAUUCACCUGUUUUGUCGUAACCAGUGUUGUUUUAACUCACACAAGCAAAAUGCUAGAAAAAUUAACUAUAUACCAAUCUUACAACCAUUUUUAACUAGCAGUCUUCUCUCUCUCUCUCUGCAAAUCCAAAUUCACACAAGCCCUAAGUUAUUUUCUCCGCCGUUCUACACCAUCAAUGUGGCGGCCGUGGCGCAAAUCGUCGGUUAAGACGCACAAAACAUACUCUCCCACCGCCUCUUUCUCCUUCAAAGACAUCCACCACCUCUGCACAGACGACUCCUCUUCUCUCCCUUCUUCUCCCUCUCUUUCCAGAGUUUUUCACAGAGUCUGCGCUGCCAACUUGAUCCUCCGCUCCUGGCCAACUCCUCCGUCUAACCACCUCCUCCGCGCAGACUCCGAGCCUGUCACUCUACGGCGGAAUCAUGAACCAGAUGUUAUACAGAUCUCCAUCCCCGGCGCGGAGAACAGCAUCGUCGUCUACUUCACCAGCCUCCGCGUCGUUCGUCCCACGUUCGAGGACUGCCGAGCAGUCACGACGAUCCUCCGCACCUUCCCCGUGCGAAUCGACGAGCGAGAUCUCUCAAUGGACGCGUCUUACGCGGCGGAGCUGGAGCGGAUCUUCUUCGGCGGGAAGAAAGAUCUUCCGAAGCUGCCGCGCGUGUUUAUCGGCGGACGGUACGUCGGGGGAGCGGAGGAGGUGAUACAGCUUCACGAGACCGGGGAGCUGAAGAAGCUCGUACAAGAGUUGCCGAGGGUUGAGCGAGGGGUUUGCGAGAUGUGCGGCUGUUAUAGGUUCGUACCGUGCAACGACUGUCACGGUAGUCAUAAGGUGUAUACGGAGAAGUUAGGGUUUAGAACAUGCUCGACGUGCAACGAGAACGGUCUCGUCAGGUGUUCGUCUUGUUCGUAUUCCCGUCUCAGGGCUGGUUCCUAGAUUUUUUUUUUUUGUUAUAAUUCUAUUGGGAAAUUGGAGUAUUUAAAAGUAUUUGUUUUAUCUAUUUUAGAAGUUUCCAUAUUUGUAAAAUUCGAAAUGGGAAGUGGUAGCUUUCAGCUUGUCUUUAGAUAGUUAGAUUCGUGUUAGAUUAAAUGUGAAAUGAACGUGAUUAGCAGCUAACUUUUGUUUUUCUUUGAAUAUGAUUAUUUGCUGUCAAAGAGUAAUGCAAGUGUUGUUUCUUUAAAAAAUUUAAACUAUAGUAGAUCCUAAAAAAUGCGGCAAGGAAGAAUAGUAAAGGUCUGAAUAGCUUAGAUUUGUGUAUUGUUGGUCAACAAUAGUAGAUGCUAAGAGCAUCUUUAUCCGGAGAUACUAGAGGGUUUUUUAGCGUGUAAGUCUCGUGUAGGACCCACUUUUUUUUAAGAAACCGGUUACAAAAACUACUAAAUAGUAGUCGGUUCUUAAGGGUUUCUUACACUGUUCGCGGGCCCCACUAAUACGUGGCGGCUCACGAUUGGUUCGUUUUUUUUUUUUAAUUUGAAAAAGUAAAAAAAAAAAAAAAAAUUAAGAAACUCCAUUUGGGGUUUCAGGGAUAAUGAUGCUCUAAUAGCACAAACAGCAACAACAAAGAAGAAAAAAAUAAAUCUUGCAAAUGUAGGAACGAUAAAUAAUUGUUAACAAAACACUAAUUUUUGCAAAAAUAGAAAAGAAAACAGAUAAUUAGCUAAAAUACAAAAUUGCACUAU